AUGUAAACGUCCAAAAAAAAAUUUAUUUAAAAAAAAAAAGAUUUUGUGGGAGGAAAAUGAAUUGACCCGCACUACUACGAACCUGAGCCCCAAUCUCAAUCUCUGGAGCUGCGAAGGAGCAACGCUCGCCAAAGCUAGGGUUUCCGAUCGCCUCGCUCCCAGUUUCAGAGCCGAAGCCAAUCGGUAAGAGCGAGCGGAGGGCUGUCUCAGGUUACUGCCUGUAGUCUGUUUAGAGAUGCUGCCGCUGAGAGUUUGUGGUCAUUAUACAAGUUAAUCUGUGAUUCAGUCGGGCUGCACUAAGCUACGUCAUUCCACGAGAUGGAGGAUGAUAACGGGCUCGAGCUUAGCUUAGGUCUUUUUUGUGGAGGAUCAUCAGGAAAAAGUAAGGGCAAUAACACCAAUCAUAAGGCUGAAGGAGGAGAUCGAAGCUCUAAAGUGAUUGACGACUUCAAGAACUUUCUCCAGUCGAGCUCUCAAAGACAGGAGGAGCCGAGUGCUGGUUCCCAAAGAAGUGAUUCAGGUAAAUCUCCGCAGAAUUUCUUCGGUGACCUCUCCAAAGCUGCUAGCGCUGAUGCUAAGGCUUCCACAAAACCAUUUUGGGCAGAGGAUGAGAUGCGGGCAGAAGCAGGAAAUAAAAGGAAGUUCUUGUUCUCAGAGAUUAGUGAUGAGAAGAAGAAGAAGAAUGAGAAGGACGACGGGAAUGUUGAUCUGCAUGAGAAAAAGACGAAAACAUCGCAUAUUUCCAUUACGACGGAUGAAGGGUCCACUGCUGAAAAUGAAGACGUAGCAGAAUCCGAAGUCGGUGGCACUUCCGAAGCAGCGAAGGAGGUUCUUCGUCCUGCUGCUGAUGCAAACGUUGUUGGUCAAAGGAAGAGCGGAAGCUCUGCAGCAGAAGAGUUUACUAUCCGUAACCCGAAUUACAGUGUUCCUUUCCCAGUGCAUCCGCUUAAUAUCACGAGUUCUUCAUACCCUUUACAAGCCAAAGACUCGGGCAACGCAGUGACAAGUGUAGUGCAGCCUGCUAGUUCCGGGAAUUUGCCAAUUAUGUUUGGAUACUCGACGGGUCAGCUCCCAAUGCUGGAUAAAGACGGUGCAGGGAUUCUGGUCACUCAUACCCAGCCUCCCUACCCGGGCAGAGGCUCAUCAACCACAGCCACCGGGAGAGGCGAAGGAAAACAGCCAGCUGGAGAAGAAGGCUCCUCUACUCUGGCCGAAGAAGCAAAAGGCGGGAUGAAAGAAGUAUCGGAACGGAUGGAAGGAGGAGGAGGAGGAGGUAAUAAAACAUCAUUGUCUUUCGAUUUCUCGGCCAUAAAACCAGGGAUUGCAGCCGAUGUGAAGUUUGGAGGUUCAGGGUCACGGCCGAACCUGCCAUGGGUCUCGACCACUGGUUCGGGCCCACAUGGACGAACCAUCUCGGGUGUGACGUACCGUUACAACACGAACCAGAUCAAGAUUGUCUGCGCCUGCCAUGGGUCCCACAUGUCGCCGGAAGAGUUUGUAAGGCAUGCCAGCGAGGAGUACGUUAAUCCGGAAUCUUCCAUUGGCCUCACCGCUGCUUCUGCCCACAGUUAAACCCCAUGGCCGGAAAGUCAGCCGGAAAUGUUUUUGGGGGUAAGAAUUGGCUGUGUGGGUUUUGUGUGAUAUGAACUCGCUCGGAUCAAAGCUUGAGCUCCCAGGUUAACGGAGAUGUAUGUUUUGUAAUGUCACUAAACGCUUGAUCAUCAUCAUAUCUUCGCUCUCUGUGUAAUAUCAUUGUGAUUGUGUAAGUGAUUUCUCUCUUGUUUUCAUCGACAUAUUUUAAAUUAUUAUUUUUAUAUUAUUUUGGUUUU